GGUAGCCGCAGUCCACACCGCGCGCUCAGUCAGUCGACGGCACGCCACCAGUGCGAUCGUGCGAAUUUUCGUAUUCAUUUUUCCUUUCGCAACGACACGCAUCUCACCCGCGUCGGCGCGCCGUUGCGUUUCCGCGCCAGUUUGUAUUGGUACGUACUAGCGCACUGAUCAGAAUUAAAAUAUUUAUUUUAUUUAAAUCGCGCGCCGCUCAUGAUAAAACGCGAUUCGCCCCGCGGACGACGUAGAAUAUCGUCGUGCUUAUCUGACCGUGCGCGCCUGUAAUAUUGUCUAAUACACUAUCACACGCACUGUACAGUCGUACGUCUCUGCCGCGGUUCGUGUGCCCACAGAUGAGUUUACGGUGACGCUCGCGCCUACGCGUUAGCGGUACAGAUAAUAAUUUACUCGGGCGGCCACCACUCGAGUCCACCGCGAUGGCCGUGCUGGCCGGAGGCCGCGACAACGUGGUGUCCAUAUCGGCGGCCGAGUCGCUGAAAAUGCUUUCGCUGUCCGUGGUCUGGGGCUCGUGGGUCGUCGUCAAGAACGCAGUCGCCCUGGCCGUCCGCCCGCUGUGGUCCGCCGGCGGCGGCCACGGAAACCGCAAACGCGCGGCCGCCGACGACGGCGUUGUCAGAGACCGGCCGCCACCUUGUCUGUUCGACGCGGUUUACGGUACUCACUCGUACGUCAAAGUCAAGGGUGUCAAAUUGCAUUACGUCGAAUGUGGUGACCCUAAAGGCACAAUUGUCCUUUUGCUGCACGGAUUUCCAUCUUGUUGGAUUAGUUGGCAUCAUCAAAUACCUACUUUGUCAAAACAUUUUCGUGUGAUUGCUGUAGACCUAAAAGGUUUUGGUGACUCUGAUAAACCGUCAGCACGUAAAAGUUAUCGAGUGGAAAAUCUGGUCAACGAGCUAGCAGUGUUUAUGUCAAUGCUAGGAGUGGACGACAAUAAUAAAUGCCACGUGAUUGGCCACGACUUGGGCGCUCUACUGGGUUGGUAUCUGGUGCAUCUGUGGCCAAACUGUGUCUCAAAAUUUGUAGCCAUUUCAUGUCCACAUCCUAAUGUCCACUGGGAGUACUUACCUCCGUCAAGUUUCUUUAAUAAAAAUUGGAUUUGCUUCAGUCAACUUCCUUAUUUACCAGAAAUGGAUGCUUUGCAAAAUGAUCUCAACAUAAUCAACCAGUGUUAUCAACACCUAUCCAAAACUAAGCAAAGCGACGACUUAUCCUACAUUGAUGCAUAUAAAUAUACAUUUUCAAGAACAGAGGAUUGGACGGGUGCAAUAAACUAUUUUCGAAACUUACCGUUCUACAGAAUUGAACCUCGGAAUAGCAAUGAUUCUUUAAAUAAAGAAGAAGACAUGCUACAAGUUCCGUGUCUGCUCAUCACUGGUAGUAAAGACGUAAGUGUGCAAAUGGAGAGUUUUAUCAAGUCCACAGAGUUUCUUAAAACAUCUACUGUGAGAAUAAUUGAUAACGCAUCGCAUUUUCCUCAUCAAGAGCAACCUAAAGCAGUCAAUGAUUUAUUGACAUGGUAUUUAGUUCAAAAAGUUCAAAAAAAGCUUCGACCACAGAACUCUGGUGGUUUAGUUGGACGAAUGAAAGAUAUUGUUACGUCUACAGUUCAGUAUGGAAAUACGUUGAAAGAUUCAAUGCAAAGAAACAUUUUACCAAUCACGACCAACACAUCAUAGCAGAACUGAUGUUCUUCAUUUGUAAAAUAAUGUUUUUCUGUAUGUUUUUAUAAUUACAUUAGGUAUAUCAAAAAUAAUAAUAACAAUAUAUGAAAAAUGUUAUCAUCUACAGACUGUAACAAGUUUUUAAUUAUACUAUUGCUUAUAUUUAAAGAUAAUUUGCUAAAUUAAAGGUGCAGUGAACACGUGUAUCCAUCUAUGUAUAUAAUCGUUUACAUCACGUGUACCUAGGAAGUUAAUUAUAUAUAGUUUUAUCUA